AAUUGUCACUCGACUUAGGGGUUCUGGGUAUUGUAGGACGAAGAAGGAAGUGAAUGAAUCUCUCUUGCAAAAUAGAUUUUUAUUUUAGUGUGAGAAACCUGUAUAAAUACAGGCUGAAUGGUAUUUUGUUCUUAGACCAGGAGUGGGGGAAUCCGUAGUCAGGACUGCAGUGUGCUUAAACUUCUGCGUCAGCGCUAACACACCCAACUCAACUAAUAUCUCUCUGUUUGAAGACUGUUUUUAGCUGAUUUAAGUUGGGCCGGAAUAAUGAGAGCUCUGGAGUGGCUCCCUCCUCGUUACUCUUUCAGUGAGAGGGGGAGGAGAACGCGCGAGCGCAGUUCAUCACGACGUGUUGAUCUCCGAUGUACGUCAAGGUCCCUCGUUUUAAUGUGACCGCUCAUUUAGAUAACGUUUGUCUUUUAGAAACGCACACACCGCAGAGCACGUGGGAAGAGGAGAGCUUUUAUUUAGUCCUCAGUCUGUUCUCACUCCCUCACUCAAUCGCACACAUCUCUGGCUAUCACACACACACACUUAGCAGCCAGCACUGGCCACAUACUGCCUUGUCACCUUCAAGUCGUAGGUUGGUGUGGGUCAGCUAGUGCUCAUCCUACCAAUGACUCGUCACAGCUGCUUUCUCUGCCAGUCCUCCUCCAUCCCAUCUGCGCCUUGUCGGUUUGUUUCUAUAGUAAACUAGUCUCCUCCACCGGUCUGACCCUAACCUCUAUGGUACUUUUGUUCUGUCAUAAAACUCUUUAAUGAAAGUAGUUUUCCAUUCUGAAGUAAUUGAAAGACUGCAAUGUUCUUUCCUCAUUAGGGUUUAGGCUUUGAUUCGGGGGCUGCUCGGGCUACGAGCUGCGUUUUUAGUGUUCAAAAUGUGCUGGUUUAAAGCUGUGGCUUGCAGGCAGUAGUAACGUUAGCCCUUUGUGCUUUGUUUGAAGUGAGUUCAAAUGUUCUUCAAAGCACCGUAGCCCAUGUGUGAGCUUGUGUGUCCUCGCAUGUUUCGCCUAGCUCUUUCUCUCUGUGUGUGUGUGCGUGUGUCAACUCCAGUAAAGUCACUCACCGUAUCACACAGUGUGUGCUUGUGUUGGCGCUCGCGUGGUACUUCCUGGCCUUCCCCCCCCCCCAUGUGUUCGAGUCCUCUCUUUCUGCGCCCGUGAACAUUAUGUUCCAGUCCAAACCUCCCGUCUCCACUUCACAUCCUCUAUAUCAAAGCAAGCACCAGGCAGCCCUCUACUAUCACUGCCAUUUAGAAAGUGUGUAGGUGGGAGCCCACUCUAGUCAUCAUUUGUAGUCGCAGCAAUCGGGAAAAGGCCCUCCAUUCAUCGAGUCAGCGCGGACACCGAGUGAGAGGAUCAGCAAUGAAAAGGCUCGAACUCGCUGCCUUUUGGUUCAGCAGCCACUGUAGUGCACUCCGUCUCUGAGGACUUCCUCCCACUCGGUGCAACAGGAGUUCGUCAAGACUGAAUCAGUUUCCCUAUAUUACUACAACAAGAGAAUCCUCCACAAGACCAAAGGGAAGAGGUUCACCUACAAGUUCAACUUCAACAAGCUGGUGCUGGUCAACUACCCCUUCAUCGACAUGGGCUCUGGUAGGGGAGUCCCCCAGAGCGCACCUCCUGUGCCGACUGGGGGCAGCCACUUCCGCUUUCCCCCCUCCACCCCGUCCGAUGUGCUCUCUCCCAGUGAGGACCUGCGCAGCCCGGGCAUGUUCAGCAGCGUGGCCCGCCGCCUGGGCCGCGGCUCUGUCUCCGACUGCAGCGACGGCACCUCCACCAACUCUGAGCUGGAGGAAGGUGUGGGGGGUGAAGAUCGUGGCGGUGCGGGCCCUGAACGGGUGUUCCGUGGCCUCCUCCACCCCCGCCUCUCCCACGACUCGCUGUUUCGCGCCUACGGAGGCCCUGGUGGGCUAGGCCGCCCCCCACCCGGCCACAGGGUCCAUGGUGACCCCAUGUCCCCGUUCCCUGUGUCCCCCCUGCCGGGCCCUGGGGGCCUCCUGGGCCCCACCCUGUCUCCGGCCCUUUCCAUGACCCCUGGCUCCCACCUGCCCUACACCCCGUCCCCCUCCCUCAGCCCCAUGCUGGGCUCCCACUUCUCCUUCAACCCGGACGACAUGAAGCGCUACCUGCAGGCCCACCACCAGAGCGUCUACAACUACCACCUCAGCCCCAGAGCCUUCUUCCACUACCCCAACAUCGUGGUCCCCCAGCCUCACAGGCCCUCUGCCGCCCCUGACAAGCCCAUGACAGCCCACCACCAUGCCCCGCCCAUGCCCCACUCCCAUUCGCUGCACCACCACCAAGGGGAGGAGCAGCACCCCUCGCCCUUCAAGUUCAAGCUGCAGCCACCUCCGCUGGGGCGUAAACAGAAGGACGGCUCCGCCUCCUCUACCGGGGGCUCCUCCUCUAGCCUAGGCUCCUCCUACGCUGCCUCAGGGCUGCUCUCUAACUCCUCCUCAGUGGGCCCAAAAAUCAAGGUGGAGCCCGUCUCCGACGUCGAGUCCGAUGAGGAGGUGGAGGUGACCGACAUCAGCGAGGAGGACGAGCUGCUUGAUGACGGCGAGGGAGACGUCUUCAUCCCCCCUCAUCCCACCAACGGAACCGCCCCUACUGCCAUCAUUAACGGCAACCUGGGCGCCAUCGUCGAGGACGACCUGGACGAGGACGUGUUCAAGACCCCCGCCGCCCCUCCCAUGGGCCCUCUAACCCCCUCCCUGUUGGGCCUGAAGAGCGAGCCGGGCCAAGGCCCUCCCAUCAGCCCCGGCGGCACCCUCUGCAUCCCCCUGAAGCUGCGCUUCAAACGCCGCUGGAGCGAGGACCAGAAGAUGGAGGCUGAUGGCGAGCGCGAGGAGGCCGAGGACAAGAAAGUGCGGGCGGAGAAACAGGUGGAGCCAGCAAGGAGGGAGUCAGAGAAUGGGGAGGGGCCAAGGACAAGCCUGUCCCUGAGUCUGCGCGCCCCUCCCCCUCCGGCCCAGCGCAGGGCCAGCUCCGAGUUGCAGAGAGCCACAGCCCAGCUGUCUCUGGAGAGCCACGGAGCUUGCUGAGGCAGGGAUACGCACAAACCGUGGACACGCAUACACACAAUCACAUGCCCGUACCUACAUACACAUUCGCUCAUAUAACCAAGCAUGCACAUAGAAACAAGUGCCUGGGCAAAAUGCCUUUUUACUCCCAUUUUCAACACAUUAAAUCCAGAACAUUAACAAACAGCUCAGCAUGCUGUGACUGAGACACUAAGGGAUGGUCAUAGACACAAAUGAAUACUGACACCCCCUCUAAACAAAAGACCCCCAGGGCCUAAAUCUAGGAUCCAUCCCUUAGACCUGUACACUGCCUUUAUGUGCCUCCCGUCUCGCCUCAACAUCUCCUCCCAGUAACACCCAUAGCUCCUUUGCCUUUCAGAGAUGCAUCAACACAGAUGGGAAAGAAUCCCCCCCCCCCCCCCCCCCCCCCUUAUCUUCAACAGAAUUGAAAAGAGAUUACAGAAGUGCCUGUCUUCACGUACAGUGGUUUACAAAGCAGAGGAAAGCGAGGGGCCUCAUACCAACUCUUGUCAACUAUUCCAUCACCUUUGACUGGGAAGGGAGCUCGGGAGUCAUAACGAAGAGACUUCCCUGUCCAAAUCUGUCUAAUCACAGGGACUGACUUAGAGACUUGGGACUGAAUUUGUCUGAGUCAGCGCUCUCUCUUUGAUCAUCGUCCCCCACCGACUUGAGCGUAGGGACAAAAAACAAAAUGGCGUGCAACCAGGCCUUAAUGGACAGCUCGUGUAUUGGGCAGGGUCCAAAAAAGGGAGCAGCAAAAACCCUUCAAGUUGGGACCCUGCAAGUUAGGGGCCAUUAAUUAACAUGUAUGCCUACAUGACUUUUGCACAAUCUUAUAAGGAGAGUGAAUCGAGGAGAUUGGUAAUUUGUCCGCUUGGAAUGGUGUUGAAAGAUUAUCUUAGAGGUCUCCUCCGUUCCCCUGGUCCGAGCUGCUGCUUUCUCCCAUAAAGAGCGCCUCAAAAGAAAAAAGGACAGUAUUUGGGGAGACGCGGUGGGGCAUUUCCAGUGCACGGAGGGUUAGAAGUACCUUUAUAUACAAUGUUCUUGAACUGAAACGAAUAGAUUUUUUUUUUGUCACUUCCCCAAAAAAGUAUACCAUGAAAUGAAUGUGAGUACCUAGGUGAGCUCAUGCAAAGACUUUUAGUAACAUUUUAAACUUUUUAAAUUCCUUUUAUUUUCUGUAUUUUAAAAAUACGCAGCGCAUUUUUUGAACAAACAAGACAAAUUGAGAUUGUGCUUUUUUUAAACUGACAGGCGACUAUAAAUGAAUUACCCUGGCCAAAUAAUGUACACACACACACACACACACACACUAUAGACGCCUCAAGCAUACUGUACUGACAUUUGUUGGUGUGGGCACAGACCUUAUACACUGAAUGACACUUUGCCUUUUUUUAUACCAAGAAACAGAUUCUGAAUGACUAAAACCAAUACUACACAUAUUUUAUUUGAAUAUAUCAAAUACAAAUGUUAUAAUUCAAAAAAGUAUAAUUUGAUAUGAAUCAGGAAAUGCUAUUUUUAAUGAUAACUAUAUUGGGCAUAUAUAUGAGGGAGGCUCUUCUCACCUUGCCUCUUUUGACAGCGGAGCUGAAUUGGAAAGGGUUCAUGUGCAAGAGGAAUCAGAACACAUUUUAUAUUUAUAAUGUAAAAAGAAGUAUUCUGUUUGGGGGGGCUUGAAGAUUGGUCGGUGAAAAGCGACCAGUAAAUGAACAAAUAAUGGAGAAAUGUUGCAUCGUGGACACUUUAAGAUUUGGGGUCACCUUUUCUGGCCAUCACUAAAGAACAGACAUGCUUGUCUUGUCCCCCCCGAACCCCAACUUUACGACCAGGAUCUCACCCCCCCCAGCAACCCAAACUCUCUUGGAAAUACAAGGACAAGGCACCUUUUGUUGUCUAUUGAACCCACCGUUUGGCUGGACUUAGCCUUUGUCUUGGACCAUGAACUAUACUAGGAGAAUGCAUCAGUAACACGCCACCACUGAAUAUGUACAUGUUUGAGGUAGACCUGGUCUGCUGAGAGGGCUGUAAUGUGGGUUAACCUAGAGUAAAAGGAAGGUGACAUCACUAGCGAAAUGAUCCCCCACCCCCGUACUAGUCUCUCUGGCUUGGAAGACUCUUAACCAAAGAAACAACUCUCGCCCAUGCAGGAUAUGACAUCACAAAACCUCAGAGAGGGACUUCCCGUAAUCUGAGAAGACGCUCUGCGGGUGCCGUCUAGCCUUUGUAACUCAAUAAGAUCCGCCCCCCCCCCCC